AUGUCUGACUGUGUCUAUAUAAUGUUACCAUUUGUGCUUUUUGUGGGAGUCUCUGGAGCAGAGAAAGACACUGUGCUCUGCGAGAUGCUGGGGAGCCCAGAGUUUCCUCUGUUAUCUAAAGAAGGACAUAUCAUUAUUGGUGGAGCUUUCUCUAUCCAUAGCCAAAUAUCAAAUCCUCCGCUCUCCUUCACAGAUACUCCAGAACCUCUCAUAUGUUCCAGGAUCAAUUUCAGAGAAUUUCGAUUUGCUCAAACAAUGAUUUUUGCCAUCCAGGAGAUCAACAAUAGCAGCUCUCUGUUGCCUAAUAUUUCAGUUGGUUAUAAGAUAUUUGAUAGCUGUGGUUCAACACUGCCUUCAACACGUGCAGUGAUGGGUCUCAUGAACGGGCAGGAAAGGACUUUGGGAAAAUCCUGUUCAAGACAGUCAUCUGUUCAUGCCAUCAUUGGAGCCUCUGAGUCCUCCUCAACCAUUGUGAUGCUACAAAUAUCAGGGAUUUUCCAAAUACCAGUGAUCAGCCACUUUGCUACUUGUGCUUGUCUGAGUAACAUAAAGGAGUACCCCUACUUUUUCAGAACCAUCCCUAGUGACCACUAUCAGAGCAGAGCACUGGCAAAACUGGUUAAGCAUUUUGGCUGGACAUGGGUUGGGGCAGUCAGAAGUGACAAUGAUUAUGGUAACAAUGGCAUGGCAACAUUUAUUGCAGCUGCAAGCCAGGAGGGGGUCUGUAUUGAGUAUUCAGAGGCCAUCUCAAGAACUGACCCUAGUGAGCAUGUUGCCAGGGUGGUAAGAGUGAUCCAAAGUGGCAGUGCAAGGGUUCUAGUUGGCUUCCUUGCCCAGGGCGAGAUGGACAUCCUGCUUGAGGAAGCUCUGAAGCAGAACUUGACCGGGCUGCAGUGGGUGGGCAGUGAGUCCUGGAUUACAGCAGGUCAUUUGGCCACUAAGAGGUACUCGGGAAUCCUGACAGGGUCUCUGGGCUUCACCAUUAGAAAAACAAAGAUCACAGGCCUUCAAGAGUUUCUUUGGCGGGUUAACCCAAGUCAAGACCCCCAUAAUGAUCUGCUGAGAGAGUUCUGGGAAGCUACAUUUGGGUGCAGUUUUCAAUCCAGUCUGCCUGGUCAGACGCAGUGUUCUGGCUCUGAGAGACUACAGGACAUCGACAAUCCUUUCACAGAUGUGUCAGAGCUAAGGAUAUCUAACAAUGUGUAUAAGGCUGUGUAUGCUGUGGCACAUAGCAUGCAUAGCAUGUUAAAAUGUGGGCAAAGUGGUGGAGUGUGGAAUCAGUCUUGUAUCUGGAAAGAUGAUUUAGAGCCAAAACAGGUUGUGAAACACCUCCAAGAUGUGAAUUUCACCCUUCAGUCAGGAGAAAGGGUGUAUUUUGAUGAAAAUGGAGACCCUGCGGCGGCUUAUGAGCUGGUGAACUGGCAGAGAAAUCGAGCAGGAGAUACUGUGUUUGUGACUGUAGGGAGCUACGAUGCCUCACUACCAACAGGAAAGGAGUUUACCAUGGACAGAAUAAACAUAUCAUGGGCUGCCGAAUCCCAAAAGAGGCCACAGUCUAUCUGCAGUGAGCGUUGUCUGCCAGGUUUCCGUCAGGCUGUGAUUAAAGGCAAACCCAUCUGCUGUUUCUCAUGCAUCGCCUGUGCUGCUGGAGAGAUCAGCAACUUCAGCAAUUCUGCCGAGUGUUCACGUUGUCCACUGGAAUACUGGUCGAAUGAAGAUCACAGCCAGUGUGUACCAAAGGUGAUCGAGUUCCUAUCUUAUGGAGAAACCAUGGGUGCCCUCCUCACUGCAUUCUCAGUGUUUGGAGCAAGUUUAACACUGGUGGUGACAGGUGUCUUUUUUCGGUUUCGUCACACACCUCUUGUCAAAGCCAGCAACUCUGAGCUGAGCUUCCUGCUGCUCUUCUCCUUGACUCUGUGUUUCCUGUGUUCUCUGACCUUCAUCUGCCGGCCCUCUGAGUGGUCCUGCAUGCUGCGACAUACAGCAUUUGGCAUCACAUUUGCUCUGUGCAUUUCUUGUAUCUUAGCUAAAACCAUAGCAGUGGUGAUGGCCUUUAAGGCUAAAAGGCCAGCAAACACAGUUCCUCAGUGUUCUGUUCCGCUUCAGAGAACAAGUGUUUUCAGCUGUACCUUUCUGCAGGUGUUAGUUUGUGUGCUGUGGUUAACUCUUGCCCCGCCAUUCCCUUACAAAAACACAGCUCAUGCCACUGAAAGGAUUAUUCUGGAGUGUGAUUUAGGUUCACCUGUAGGAUUCUGGGCUGUGCUGGGGUAUAUAGGACUCCUAGCUGUGCUUUGCUUUGUCCUUGCUUUCCUGGCUCGAAAGCUGCCUGAUAAUUUCAACGAAGCUAAGUUCAUCACCUUCAGCAUGCUGAUAUUUUGUGCAGUCUGGCUCACUUUUAUCCCAGCAUAUGUCAGCUCUCCUGGGAAGUUUACUGUGGCUGUGGAGAUAUUUGCUAUUCUGGCCUCUAGCUUUGGGUUGCUCUUUUGUAUAUUUGCUCCAAAAUGUUAUAUUUUACUGUUGAAACCAGAGCAAAAUACAAAAAAGGACAUGAUGGGGAGAAGCCAGUCAAAGUCACUAUAA